UUGCAGAACCACACAUGACCACUUUUACUGUCAUGUGAAACUGAAAGGAAUUGUGGUCGGUGAAGCAUUAAAUCGCUCCGGGAGACUGUUCAAUAUGCUGACCAAUUGAAAGCAGGGGUAAUAAUUAAAGCAGAGCAUGGCAGAAAUGUCGUUGACCAUUUGUGAGGAUGGCCUGAGUAUCAACGAUGACGUGUGUGCAGGCACUGACUUCAUGUCCCAGUGAUCCACAUUUCGACUGUUUGGACUGAGAAUUGUAUUUGAGAAUUCAUACUUUAUCCCAAGAGCAGGUUGAGGUGUAUCUUCACCAUAUAGGAAGAGGAAGUCUUAACAGAUCAAAUAAAGAUGGAUAAAGCUCACAUCAAAACAGAAAGUUCUGAUCCCCACCCAGACUGUUGUUUCAGAAUAACACCUUUAACACCCAGCAGUAUUGAUACAGACAAUGGAGGGAGUCCAUUGCCUUCUGAUGUGUCCGACAUUGUGGAUGAGGAUCUGUCUGGAAUGUCAGAGUUGUCUGAUGUAGAUGACUCCUUUGAGGAUUCUCUCAAAAGCAGCAGUUUUUCUCAACCUGAACGUUUUGAAUUACAAAAGAAAUAUGCAAAGCUUAAAAAAAUGUACUCCAAAUUGAAAAAUAAAAUGGAGAAACCAUCCCAUGAGUCAAAGUCCGACCAAAGUUCCAGUUUUGUAGAAAAAACUGAUGUUCAAAGUCAGACUUUCCUGAAUCGGGAUGUGGAAAUGUGUGAUCCAGAAGUGAAAAUCAAGAAAGAAUUUGAUUCAGAUGUUGAGCUGGUUGAAACAAAUUCAAUACAGGAGGGAAAGAUGGUGAUGAAAAAUGUUGUGAAAAUCAAACUAUCAACAAAAUCAAAACCUCGAAAGAAAAAGAAAAUUGAGGCUUUUCAUGAUGAAAGUGAUGAAGAUUUUGAAUGGAAUUUAUGGAACGGCUCUGUGUCAGAGGAAGAAAAGGAAGACGAUGAUUCAGACUAUAAACACAAUGAAGGGAGGAAAAAAUCAAAAUCAAAAGGUGCUAAAAAGACUCCCCCAAAAGGCGUGAAAAGAGGGAAAGCUAAAACAAAACGAAAAUCAAGAACUCCAAUUAAGCUUACACCUGACGAAGGUGUGUUGAAGGAAGAACUAGCUGGUGUUAAGUUGCGCCUUGACUUUAAGGAGGAAGAAGGCGACGAUAUGUUGGAAAGUGUCGUAAGAAAUGGACGCAAAAAGCAAAGUGGUAAAAUUAGUGAGCCUCAAAUCUUUAAAUGUGAAGUCUGUGGCAAAAUUGUUGCAACGAAGUGCUCCCUUGUGAAACAUGUUCGCACACAUACUGGAGAAAAACCCUAUCAGUGUGACAUUUGUGGUAAAAAAUUUAACGCACCGAACUCUUUCAACAACCAUAAACGAAUACAUGCAGGCAUCAAACCCUACCAGUGUCGAUUCUGCGAAAAAUCGUUCACAGAGUUGAGUCAACGUGUGACGCAUGAGCGAACUCACACAGGCGAGAAGCCAUAUAUGUGUGACGUGUGUGGGAAAAGAUUUUCCCUUCGGUCUUCUCUUGUUCGACAUCGACGUAUUCACACAGGAGAGAAACCCUAUGUUUGUGACGUUUGCAAUAAGUCCUUUGUGCAGUACAACCAGCUAGCCAAUCAUAAGCGCAUACACACUGGAGAGAAGCCAUAUUCUUGUCAGUUGUGUGGGAAAAGGUUCAAUGUCUCUUGCACGCUGGCUCGUCAUCUUGAAGCUCAUUAUAAUAAGAUGUUCACAGUGAGAGCAUUAUCUGAACAAGAUUCAUCCACUGCAGAUCCUAAUACAGUGAUGAAGAUGAUUGACAGGAUGAAAGAUGUGGAUGUUAAGAAAAAGGAUGCUAAGAAGAAGCAUUCUAAGUUAAUGAGUGGUGAGGUCGGUGACAAAUUUGAGAUGCAGAGAUCUGCAGAUAGAGGUGGUUGUAGUGGAAGUAAGGAUGCAACACUUCUCAGCUCAGCGAGCUGUAAGGAAGGAAGGUCUAGCAGUAUUGGGAACAAUAAGGGAAAUAUUGGAGAAGGCACGGAGCCAAGGCAUGGUAGCCAUGGAUUAAUGGGCAAAGAAAUUGAGCCUGGUGUCGGACGUUUAUCCAUGGGUUCUAUUUGUAGUGAUGUUUUUAUGAAUAGCAAAAUUGGGCAUAGUCAUGGACCUUUAGAUUUGGGAUCCACUAGUUGCAAGUCAGUGGAUAGCAAACAUUUGGGUGGUCUUAGAUCUGUGGACAUCAGGGCUGAUGGGUGUCAUAGAUCUGUGGACAUCAGGGCUGAUGGGUGUCAUAGAUCUGUGGACAUCAGGGCUAAUGGGUGUCAUAGAUCUGUGGACAUCAGGGCUGAUGGUUGUCAUAGAUCUGUGGACAUAAGGACUGAUGGGUGUCUUAGAUCUGUGGACAUCAGGGCUGAUGGGUGUCAUAGAUCUGUGGACAUCAGGGCUGAUGGUUGUCACAGAACUGUUGACAUCAGGGCUGAUGGUUGUCACAGAGAUGUGGACAUCAGGGCUGAUGGUUGUCACAGAGAUGUGGACAUCAGGGCUGAUGGCUGUCAUAGAGAUGUGGACAUCAGGGCUGAUGGUUGUCACAGAGCUGUGGACAUCAGGGCUGAUGGUUGUCAUAGAGCUGUGGACAUCAGGGCUGAUGGUUGUCAUAGAGAUGUGGACAUCAGGGUUGAUGGUUGUCAAAGAGCUGUAGACAGGGCAGGUGGAUAUCGUGGAUCAAUGUAUAGCAAACUUUUGGGUGGUCAUAGAUCUGUGGAUAUCAGGGCUGAUGGUUGUCGGGGGUCAGUGGAUAUCAGGGUAGAUGGUCGUCAUAGAUCUGAGGACAUCAGGGCUGAUGGUAGUCUUAGAUCCCUGGAUGUGAGUUCAAAUGGCACCCGUGGUGCUAGAAGCAGAAGUGGUGUUAUGAGCAGCCAUGGAGUUGAUGAUGAUGAUGAUGAAAGGUCAAAGUUGAAUGACUCUGGUCCCCAGUUUCCUCCUAGGUUCCCCGUUUUUGGACACUCACCAACGAUUAUGAACAUUCCCUUUCAGCAGUACACCCAGAAUACCUUCACAGCUCCGGGGAUUGGUUGAGGUCAGCAUGACAAGACAGGCACCUCUUUUUUUGUAAUGGUUUUGAGAUGGACAAUAGACUGAUAUCAUGAUUAGUAUUGGAAGGAAAUCUGAGCGAAUGUUGUUUAAUGAUGCAGUGAGCAAUAUGCCAACUUUGCCUGUAAGUAAUAUAGCCUGGAUUGGAUGAACCAGUGACUGCUUUUAUGAGCUAUGUCAGACUGUCAAAGACCUCCCCCUCACUGAGUCUUUUGGUCCCCUGGCCUUACAAGGAAAAUAACAUUAACAACCAACAUAUUGUCAGCUGGAUCAGUAGCUUUCAUCACAAAUGCAAUGGAAGGACCAAAAAGUGUACCAUUUUUUCAUAUUGUUUGUUUGUUUGUUGUUUAACGCCACACUCAGCAAUAUUCCAGCUAUAUGACGGCGGUCUGUAAAUAAUCAAGUCUGGACCAGAAAAUCCAGUGAUUGACAUCAUGAGCAUCGAUCC